AUGUCGAAUUACACCGAGGGUAGCGUUCAUGGAGAAUCCACUCCUCGCAACCAACCGAAAGGGUAUCAAACUGAUACUAUCAACCCUUACUUCAUGCAUCCAAACGAAAAUCCUGCACUGAUCCUUGUUACACCUCUUCUCACAAGCAGUAACUAUCACUCUUGGUCCCAUUCAAUGAUGAUGGCUCUUCGGUCCAAGAAUAAACUGCACUUCAUCAAUGGCGUACUGCCUCGCCCUGCAGACCUCGAUUUCAACUCCAUUGCUUGGGAUAGGUGUAACACCAUGAUCAUGUCAUGGAUCAAGAAUUCUGUGGAACAAGAGAUAGCUCAAAGCAUUCUAUGGAUGGAUAACGCAGCUGACAUGUGGAAUGAAUUGAAGGAACGUUUUUACCAAGGUGACGUCUUUCGUAUCUCUGAUUUGCAAGAAGAGAUUUGCACCCUUAAGCAAGGUGAUUCUUCUAUAUCUUCUUAUUACACCAAACUGAAAAUUUUAUGGCAAGAGUUAGACAAUUUUCGUCCCAUCCCUAGCUGUGAAUGUGAUCCAUCUUGUAGUGCUCUUGUUAAGAUUCGAGCCUAUAGAGACAGUGAUCAAGUAAUUCAUUUUUUAAAAGGAUUGAAUGAUCAAUAUGCUGCCAUUAGAUCCCAGAUUAUGUUAAUGGAUCCUUUACCAAGCAUAUGCAAAGUUUAUUCCUUACUUGUUCAAGGAAACAAUUACACUGGGGGAAGAGGUAAUGUUAGAGGUGGCAAGACUGCUGGUGGUAGAGGUAGAGGAAAUCGUGUCUGCACACACUGUGGUAUGACAAAUCAUACCAUUGACACUUGUUUCAAAAAGCACGGUUACCCUCCCAAUUGGAAAACUGAUGGUGCAGCUGGUGCAUUUAACAAUUAUGUUUCUUCACAAGACAAGCAUGAAGUUCAGCACAGGGAUGAUUCUGAAACAAAUGUUCAAGCAUCUUCUGGUUUGGCUUUUACUCCUGAGCAGCACAAAGCCCUGUUAGCAUUGCUCCAAGAUGCAUCACAAAUACAAUCUCAUAGCAUUAACCAACUCACCUCUCAUAACACUCCCAAUUCAGGUAUUAUCUGCACUCUUCCCACCUCAUUCCAUCCUGAUACUUUCAUUCUUGACACUAGUGCAACAGAUCAUGUAUGUUACACUCAUAAAUAUUUUCAAUGUUUAAAUUGUAUCAAACCCAUGACUAUUAAACUUCCCAAUGGUAGCCUUGUUUCUACAUCUCUUGCAGGAACUGUUAAGUUCAAUGACUCCUUCUACCUAACUAAUGUUCUAUAUAUGCCUGAAUUCUCCUUCAAUCUUAUUUCAGUUCCAAAAUUAACUCAAAGUCUAAACUGUCAACUCAUGUUCACUACUGUUGCUUGUGUCAUACAGGAUCUAUCUUCCAAGAGGAUGAUUGGCACAACUGAAUUGCAUGGUGGAUUGUAUUUGCUCAAGACUCCUAUCAUGUCACUUUUACCUGAUCCACCUAGCCAUUCUGUUAAUUCCUUAGUUAACAAGCCAAAAAUUGAUUCAUCUACUUGUAGCAUAUGGCUUAAUGUGACUGUUAUGUGUACAUGA